AUGGAGCACAUACAGGGGGCCUGGAAGACGAUCAGCAAUGGUUUUGGAUUCAAAGACACGGUGUUUGAUGGCACCAGCUGCAUCUCUCCUACAAUAGUGCAGCAGUUUGGCUAUCAGCGUCGGGCAUCAGAUGAUGGCAAACUUACGGACCCUUCUAAGACAAGCAACACUAUCCGUGUGUUUUUGCCAAACAAACAAAGAACAGUGGUCAAUGUGCGGAAUGGAAUGAGCUUGCAUGACUGCCUUAUGAAGGCUCUCAAGGUGAGGGGCCUGCAACCAGAGUGCUGUGCAGUGUUCAGACUUCUCCACGAACACAAGGGUAAAAAAGCACGGUUAGAUUGGAAUACUGAUGCUGCCUCAUUGAUCGGGGAGGAACUUCAAGUGGAUUUCCUGGAUCAUGUUCCCCUCACAACACACAACUUUGCUCGGAAAACCUUCCUGAAGCUUGCCUUCUGUGACAUCUGUCAGAAGUUCUUGCUAAAUGGAUUUAGAUGUCAGACUUGUGGCUACAAGUUUCACGAGCAUUGUAGCACCAAAGUACCCACUAUGUGUGUGGACUGGAGUAAUAUCAGACAGCUCUUAUUGUUCCCAAAUUCCACUGUUGGUGAUGGUGGGGUCCCAGCGCUGCCUUCUUUGACGAUGCGUCGGAUGCGAGAGUCUGUUUCCCGGAUACCUCCUGGUUCCCAGCACAGAUACUCCACACCCCACGCUUUCACAUUCAACACCUCCAGCCCCUCCUCUGAAGGUUCGCUCUCCCAGAGGCAGAGGUCGACGUCCACACCUAACGUCCACAUGGUCAGCACCACUCUGCCUGUGGACAACAGGAUGAUUGAGAAUAACAGCCUGAAUGCUUCUCCCAGGGCGUGGUCCAGACGAUUUUGUGUGAGGGGAAGAGAUGCAAUUCGAAGUCACAGUGAAUCAGGCUCCCCUUCAGCUUUGUCCAGCAGUCCCAACAAUCUGAGCCCAACAGGCUGGUCACAGCCCAAAACCCCUGCGCCGGCACAGAGAGAGCGGGCGCCGGGCUCCAGCACCCAGGAGAAGAACAAAAUUAGGCCUCGUGGACAGAGAGAUUCGAGUUAUUACUGGGAGAUAGAAGCCAGUGAAGUGAUGCUGUCCACUCGGAUUGGGUCAGGCUCCUUCGGGACUGUUUAUAAGGGCAAGUGGCAUGGAGACGUUGCAGUAAAGAUUCUGAAGGUCGUGGACCCCACCCCAGAGCAGUUCCAGGCCUUCAGGAACGAGGUGGCUGUCCUCCGCAAAACCCGGCACGUGAACAUCCUGCUUUUCAUGGGGUACAUGACAAAGGACAACCUGGCAAUAGUGACCCAGUGGUGCGAGGGCAGCAGCCUCUACAAACACCUGCACGUCCAAGAGACCAAGUUCCAGAUGUUCCAGCUGAUCGACAUUGCCCGGCAGACGGCUCAGGGGAUGGACUAUUUGCAUGCAAAGAACAUCAUCCACAGAGACAUGAAAUCCAACAAUAUAUUUCUCCACGAAGGCCUGACGGUGAAAAUCGGCGAUUUUGGAUUGGCCACGGUGAAGUCGCGCUGGAGUGGUUCUCAGCAGGUCGAGCAGCCCACCGGCUCCAUCCUGUGGAUGGCCCCAGAGGUGAUCCGGAUGCAGGACAACAACCCGUUCAGCUUCCAGUCUGACGUGUACUCCUACGGCAUCGUCCUGUACGAGCUCAUGACGGGGGAGCUCCCCUACUCCCACAUCAACAACCGUGACCAGAUCAUCUUCAUGGUGGGCCGCGGCUACGCCUCCCCAGACCUCAGCAAGCUCUACAAGAACUGCCCCAAAGCCAUGAAGAGACUGGUAGCUGACUGCGUGAAGAAAGUGAAGGAAGAGAGGCCUCUCUUUCCCCAGAUCCUGUCUUCCAUCGAGCUGCUCCAGCACUCUCUGCCCAAGAUCAACCGGAGCGCCUCGGAGCCCUCCUUGCACCGGGCAGCCCACACCGAGGACAUCAACGCCUGCACGCUGACCACGUCCCCUCGGCUGCCUGUCUUCUAG